AUGUCCCCUCCCCACCCCAAACAGCAUGCGCACAAGAUCUACUUCGCCUACGGCGGCAACAUGCAUCUACGCACAAUGGCAAAGCGCUGUCCCGGCGCGCGGUAUCUUGGCCUUGCGAGAUUGCAGGGGUACAGGUGGCAGAUCAACGAGCGCGGGUAUGCGAAUGUCGUCAAGGUCCCCGGUGAUUCAGAGUCGGGUCUGAAUGGUGGCGCCGUGCAUGGUCUCGCCUUCCUUGUCGAUGCUGAAGAUGAGGAGCGGCUUGAUCGAGCGGAGGGCGUGCCGAAUGCAUACCAGAAACAAAUGCUGAAUGUCGAGCUGGUUGUUGCUGGGGGGCGUUUCGUUGGACGGGAUGUCAGCGAGGUUAUGCUCUCCAGCGAGGGAUUGGAGGAUGGGUCUGGGAGGGGAGUCGUUGGUGGAGGUGAGAUUGUCCAGGCGCUUGUCUACGCGAGCAAGGAUUACGUUAAAGACGGUCUACCGCGGGCAGAGUACGCUGCUCGGAUGCGGUUGGGGUUGCGGGAUGCGGUUAGUUUGGGGUUGGGGAGGGAAUAUGCGGAGUCUGUUGGGAAGGUGCUUGCUGCUGGUGUGCGUCCGGGGGCUGUUGGUGGUAAUAGCCCUAAGUCCCAAGCCAGCCCUGGGGCUUCCCGACGGCAGAGCCAGGGGCAGAGACCGAGCACGACAGCCGCUGCGCGAUCAAAGACUGCGCCUUCCAAGGCAUCUGCACCAACGUACUACUUUGCCUUCGGGAGCAAUAUGCACCUCGCGCAGAUGGCGGCCCGGUGUCCGGAUAGCAAGAUAUUCGCGAGGGGUGUCUUGACCAGGUAUAGGUGGCAGAUUAACGAGAGAGGCGUCGCGAACAUCGUGCCCGUCCCCGUUGGUGAAGUGUCAAACGGGAAAAACGAUAGUAUCGUGCAAGGCAUCCUCUUCACGGUCAGUGCCAAGGACAUCAAGACACUCGAUGCGAAUGAGGGCAUAGCACGCGGCUUCUACGAUAAGGUGGCUCUCCGGGUUAGGGUUGAGCCCCUGGCAAUCCCCUUGAAAGGGAUAAAGACGGCGAUGGCAAUGGGAGAACAUGGACAGGCGUCCCAGCCUACCAUGAAUGGGAAGAGCCCAUGUGCAGGUCGGGAUGUGAAGGAAGUCGAGGCACUGGUCUACCUCAGCAGCCAGUACAUAAAGGACGGUACGAUCAGAAACGAGUAUAUCGGGCGCAUGCAAUCGGCCAUGGCGGAUGCGUUGAAGCUUGGUGUUGACGAGGCGUAUUUGAAGCGCGCGCUAUAUCCGUGGAUCUUCAGUUCUAGCUCGAGGGCAGAUGGCUCCCUGGACCGGGGUAAGCAGAUGUAUGUUAUCAUUGAGCCGUCUGCAGGUGCAGAGAGAUCGGCUGUUAGUGGUAGCCCUAAGGGGCGUCGGAUUAUAGAGAGGGUGCCGGGAGGGUCAGGGUGUCAGCUGGGUGUUGAGGAGAUAUAA